CCUUGAAUCAAGGAGCAGACACCAGAAGAUGCCGUCCUCGGCAAGCAAUCGUGGUGGCCGCGGCCGCGGUCGAGGAUCCACAGCUGCGAAGUCCACUGCUCCUACUCCAUCGGCCUCCAUAUCUGUUGACACGGACAUGCACUUAGAGCCUUUGGCGGAGGAUGAGGACCAUGGAGACUUGAAUGCUGCUAGUGCUAUAUCUAUAAGUGUGCCAACAGAUGAUGAUGCAGAUGAUGAUACAAGUCAGAAGGAGGUUGGAGAUGAUGUAAGUGUGCCAUCAAAUCCUUCGAAGGCAACUAGAGGGCGGAAAGCAAAGAGGGCUGGUAUUCAUUUAUCCCCAUCUAAGACCAAGGUAAAGAGAGGGAAGAGGGCUGGUUGUUGGAAGUAUUUCAAGGAGAUAAAGGUUCAAUCUGAGAAGGAGUUUGGUGUUAUGGUGACAAAGGCUAAGUGCAGAUUCUGUCAUAAGAGUUAUGUAUACCAACAAGGGGGAGCAACUUCACAGCUGAACCAUCACCUUGCCCGCUGCACAUAGUUUCAGAACAAGCUUGCUAAGGCUAAACAACAACUUGCUCAAGGUACACUCAACUUUAUUGCAGAUGAUGGCAAUCUUGUUAUUAAUCCUACUGAAUAUGACCAUGAGCACACUAGAAAAUUGCUUGCAAAUAUGAUAAUUGUCCAUGAGUAUUCUUUUAGGAUGGUUGAGCAUAAAUGGUUCAAUAUCUUGAUGAGGUGGAUGAAUAGCAAUUAUGAAUGUAUUGGUAGGAAGACUAUUAAAAAUGAAUGCAUGAAAGUUUAUGAAUCUGAGAAAGAGCAGCUAAAGAAGAGUCUUAGAGAGGCUGAAUCAAUAAGUUUGACUACUGAUUUGUGGACAUCCAAUCAAAAUGGUCAGUACAUGUGUUUGGUGGCACAUUACAUAGAUAGUGAUUGGGUUUUGCAAUGCCGUGUCCUUAACUUUGUUGAGUUAGAGCCUCCCCACACUGGUUUGGUGAUAGCUCAUGCUAUUUUUGAGUGUUUGGUGGAAUGGAAAAUAGAAGAUAAGGUCAUGUUAAUCACCCUUGAUAAUGCUUCAAAUAAUGAUGUUGCUACUACAAAUUUGUCAGCUAAGUUGCUUGCUAGAAAGAAUGCUCAGUUUGAUCCCAAAUACUUUCAUGUUCGUUGUGCUGCUCACAUAGUCAAUUUGGUUGUUAAUGAUGGUUUAGACCCAAUAGAAGGUCUCAUAAGUGACCUAAGGAAUACUGUCAAAUAUUUCAAGAGGACACCAAGUCGCCUGUACAAAUUUGUAGAAGUUUGCAAUGAUUAUGCUAUUAAAGUUGGGAAAUGUUUGUCUCUUGAUGUUAAAACAAGGUGGAACUCAACAUAUAAAAUGCUUGACACUUGCAUUGAGUAUAGAACUGCAUUUGGUUAUUAUGCUCAAGUAGACCAGAACUAUACAUGGAAACCUACAGAUUCUCAAUGGAACAUGUAUGAGAAGAUUAAGCCAAUUCUAGGAGAGAUGGCAGGAGCAACCACUGCAUUUUCAGGAUCAGUUUACCCUACUGCUAAUGUUUUCUACCCUUACAUUUUGAAAGUCAAACUUGCAUUGUUAAAGGCAAAAUACUCUGACGACCCUUAUUUAAAGAAAAUGGGUGCUGCAAUGUUAUCCAAAUUUGAUAAAUAUUGGGAAGAGAAGAAUAAUGUAAUGGUUAUUGCUACAAUCCUUGACCCAAGGUUCAAAAUGAGAUAUAUUGAGUUCUAUUUCAGUCAACUUUAUGACUCCUCAAGGUGUGAACAAGAGGUUGCUGAUAUAAAAAAAGAGUUAGAAGAGUUGUACAAGAAGCAUGAGUUGGAACAACGCAGAAAAAUGGGUGGCAGUAGCAGCUCAUCAACCACUCAAUCAGCCUCAUCAUCAAAGGAAACAACCAGCUCAGUGGCUUGUCUUGUUUCAAGUGAAUUCCAGUCCUUUCUAGAGUCUAGUGCUUCAGAAAGUUCAAAGUCUGAGUUACUUAUCUAUCUAGAUGAAGCAAACCAUCCAUUACAUGAUAAGAAUUUUAACUUACUUCACUAUUGGAAGGUGAAUGCUCCUAGAUUUCCUGUUGUAUCUAGUAUGGCGAAGAAGUUCUUAGCUGUCCCAGCUAGCAGUGUAUCAUCAGAGUCCACUUUCAGUUGUGGAGGUAGAAUUCUUGAUGAUUAUAGGAGUUCUUUGAAGCCAGCAACAGUUCAAGCACUGGUUUGUGCAUCUAGUUGGAUACGAGGUUCCAAAAGUCCUCCUAUUAUUAUGGGAGAAGAUGGUGAUGAUGGUGACAUUGAGAGUGUGGAGCUUCCCAGCAGCGUGGUAGAAAGCAACUAGUAACUAGUAACAAGAUGUAAAGGGGGAAGGGAAUUAGGGACCUGUUGGUUGCACGCCAUGGCUGCUUCUAAGUUAUGAACUGCUUUUGGUGUAUACCUACAAACCUGAUCAGUCUACCACUCUUCGUUCUUGAAUUCUGUAUGGAUAAUGUGUAAACUAUAUGAGCAUGAGUGUAUGACUAUAAUGGACUCGUGGUCAUGGUUGUGGUGGGCUACCUGACAAAAACUUGGAGGAAUUAUGGAUCAAUCGAUGGAUGGAUUAUAUUCCCCUUUUUUAAAUUUAGAAGUACUUUAUGUUUGUUGCUCACGUGCUUU